UCACAGAAAAAGAAAUUCGACAAUGGCACAAAGGUUUUCUCAAAGAUUGUCCGAAUGGUCUACUGACGGAGCAAGGUUUUAUUAAAAUUUACAAACAAUUCUUCCCGCAAGGAGAUCCCAGUAAAUUUGCCUCGCUGGUAUUUCGUGUCUUCGAUGAAAAUGAGGAUGGCGCGAUUGAGUUUGAGGAGUUCAUUCGAGCGUUAUCGAUUACAUCGCGCGGCAACCUGGACGAAAAGCUGCAAUGGGCAUUCCGGUUGUACGAUGUGGAUAAUGAUGGCUACAUAACGAGGGAGGAAAUGUACAACAUAGUGGACGCAAUAUACCAGAUGGUGGGCCAACAACCACAGACGGAGGAGGAGAAUACACCGCAAAAACGGGUCGAUAAAAUAUUCGAUCAAAUGGAUAAAAAUCAUGAUGAUCGGUUGACGCUCGACGAAUUUCGUGAGGGUAGUAAAGCUGAUCCACGUAUAGUGCAGGCGUUAAGUUUAGGUGGUGAUUAACCAAAAGAGACUUAGUUUAAUUCUGUAAAAGAUUAAACGAGAAAGCGCAAACAAAACAAAGAAAGAAACUUAACAAAAUAAACAAUAAAAAAUGAAGAAAUAUUCAUAAAAAAAAAACUAAAUACAUAGCAAGGGAAAAAAGAAGCAGGAGAAAAUUUAGGAGGGUGGUAAACAUAAUUUCUUGCAAAACAUAUUUAUAAAUUAUGAGAGAUGAGUCAUAAUCAAAAGGAAGAAGAACACAUUAAUUUACACAAACAGAAAUGAACAGCGUAGGCCUGAGUUAUGCCAAUGGCAGUCAGCUGGCACUUGCAUAUAUUCAAAUGUACAUACACACAUACUUGCAUACAAAAAAAAAAAUAGCCAUUAGUUUACUUAGCAUGGAGUUAGGCUAUGAAAAACCACAACAACAUACAAACGAAAAAGUUUCAAGUAAUAAGGCAAGCGGUAGAAAAGCUUCGAAAACCCAACAAAAAAAAAUGUAUUUCAAGAAUGCAAAAAUAAACGAAAUAGCAAAUUAUAUUCAAAGCGAACGUAGGUGAAACGGGUUAAGUGUAGAUUACCCAGCCAAGUUGCAACACUAAAACACUGUUGUUGUACCGCUAACGUACACACACACACACACACACACACGCAUACGCAAACAUAGUUUUAGUGAACUCAACGAAAUAGAAAUCAAAAUCUGCCUGAAACUGGCAGUCUUAUUUGCAAAAGCAGCCAAAAAGGAUUUAGAGAAAUUACUGAAAUAAAAGUAAGCAUCAAAAAAAGCCAACUUCUAAGCAGCAGAUUUGUAGGAAGUAAAAAAAAAAGUUUUCGCGGAAGUAAUAUUGGAAUUCAUAGAGAAAAUUAAAAUUGACUUUAAACACUGCAGCUAAAGGUCGAAUACAAAGGUGCGUUUUGAACAAUUGCAAAAAAAAUUUAAAAAUAAGAUUAGAGGAAAAAAGUAAGAGCAACAAAUUUCACACUUUCUAUUUGCAAUAUGUAUAUAAACAUACACAAGUAUAAAGUAACAACAAAAAUUAAAUA